GCGGUGGCGGUUAACGGGGGGGAGGGCGGGAGGGGGUGGGUAAAGCGAACCGGGAACGACGGGUUGAGGAUCAGAGAAAGGAGUGAAAAGAUAAACCCAAGAGAAAUUUAAAAAAAAAAAAAAAACAAAAAACCAACAACAAAAAAAAACCUACCAAAAAAAAAAACCCACCCCAAAAACCAACAUAAACGGACUCACGGCCGCGAAGAGGUCAAAGGUCGGAGGUGAGGAGGAACCGCUUCCCCGUCGGUGAGAUCAGGGAGACAAUCUGUGUGAGCCCCAACAUAACGCGCUCUAGCAAGAUUCAUGCUGAGAAAAAUAACCAGUGAGAUGAAGUUCUGAAUUUUUCAGUUCCAAUAUACUUGUUUGCAACUUCCUUUCCAAUUCUGGUAACACAGACUGUGGAUUUUCAGUUCCAUUACUGCCAUAUAUUCAAAAGGUCUCCAGGCAGCAAGAGCACGCUUCUCAUCCCUCCCAUCUCCCAAAAUCCUGGAAUGUUCAUGCUGGUGCUGGACUGCAGGCAAACUGAAAUUGCCUACGACUAAGAAAGUGGUAUUGAUUCUCAUGGAAAGAUGUAGUGCUUUGCUGAAAGCUGGAUACAGUGCCUUUGCUGAAGCGUUGCACAUGCUGGAGUUGCCUGAGCCCCUGAUGUAUCCCGGGAUGGCAACUAGGUGACGACAGUUGAGGAUGACCCUGACUGAAAAACUGCGCGAGAGGAUAUCGCGGGCGUUCUACAACCACGGGCUGUUGUGUGCUUCCUACCCCAUCCCCAUCAUCCUCUUUACUGGACUCUGUAUUCUGGCCUGCUGUUACCCGCUGCUGAAGCUGCCGCUGCCUGGAACAGGACCUGUGGAGUACAGCACCCCCGUGAAGGAUUACUCUCCACCCUCUCCAGAUGCAGGUCUGCAGCAAGGGGAUCUCGGCGAGCGUCCCGACUGGUAUGUUGGUGCUCCUGUGGCCUACAUUCAGCAGAUCUUCGUGAAAGCUACCGUCUCCCCAUGGCAGAAGAACUUCCUUGCUGUUGAUGUAUUUCGUUCACCCCUUUCCCGCGUCUUCCAGCUAGUGGAGGAGAUUAGAAACCAUGCCCUGAGAGACAGUUCUGGUGUCAAAAGCUUGGAGGAAGUUUGCCUUCAGGUAACAGAUCUUCUGCCUGGCCUCAAGAAGCUGCGGAAUCUGCUCCCCGAACAUGGCUGUCUGUUACUGUCUCCAGGGAACUUCUGGCAGAACGAUAGAGAGCGAUUCAAUGCUGACCCAGAUAUCAUCAAAACCAUCCACCAGCAUGAACCAAAGACAUUACAAACAUCAGCUACCCUCAAAGAUCUGUUGUUUGGGCUCCCUGGAAAGUACAGCGGGGUGAACCUCUAUAAUAGGAAGCGAGUGGUAUCAUACACUGUCACACUGGGUCUCCAGCGAUAUGAUUCCAGGUUCCUCAGCAGCCUCCGCUCUCGCCUCAAGCUGCUGCAUCCCAGCCCUAACUGCACGCUGCGAGAGGAGAACAUCGUUCACGUCCACUUCAAGGAAGAGAUUGGCAUUGCUGAGCUGAUACCCCUCGUCACCACCUACAUUAUACUCUUCGCUUACAUCUACUUCUCCACACGGAAGAUUGACAUGGUGAAAUCGAAAUGGGGUCUGGCACUGGCAGCGGUCGUGACAGUGCUCAGCUCUCUGCUCAUGUCCGUUGGGCUCUGCACGCUGUUUGGUUUGACGCCUACUCUUAAUGGAGGAGAGAUAUUUCCAUACUUGGUUGUAGUGAUUGGCCUAGAGAACGUGUUGGUUCUCACCAAGUCAGUUGUCUCUACGCCCGUUGACCUGGAAGUGAAGCUACGCAUUGCCCAAGGCUUGAGCAAUGAGAGCUGGUCGAUUAUGAAGAAUAUGGCGACAGAGCUUGGGAUCAUCUUGAUUGGGUAUUUCACCCUUGUCCCAGCCAUCCAGGAGUUCUGCCUCUUCGCUGUGGUCGGCCUGGUGUCUGACUUCUUUCUGCAGAUGUUUUUCUUCACUACUGUGCUGUCCAUUGACAUUCGCCGUAUGGAGCUUGCUGAUCUGAACAAACGGUUGCCGGCGGAAGCCUGCAUGCCCCCGGCGAAGCCUGUCAGCCGCUCUCAGCGCUACGAACGCCAGCCAGCUAUGCGACCCGCCACCCCCCACACCAUCACCCUGCAGCCAUCGUCUUUCAGGAACCUGCGCCUGCCAAAGAGGCUGCGGGUGAUCUACUUCUUCGCCAGGACGCGGCUGGCCCAGAGACUCAUCAUGGCUGGGACGGUGAUCUGGAUUGGAAUCCUGGUUUACACGGAUCCUGCUGGUCUCCGCACCUACCUCACAUCACAGGUCACCGAACAAAGUCCUUUGGGUGAAGCAGGUCUGCCUCCUAUGCCUGUUCCUGGAGGGGUCCUACCUGCUGGGGACCCCAAGAUUGACCUCUCAGUCUUCCCAUCGGAUCCUAUACACCUGUCAGAAAACCAGACACAGCAGCGUGAGCAGAAGUCAGGGCUGGAGUCCCUAAACAGGCUGGAGACAAACCGGCACACUUGGGCCCAGGGACCAGAGGGCAAAGGGAAUGGACAGACGGAGCUUGGAACGGAAGCAGAGGUUACCUGGGGAGCAGAGGAUGAGGAGAUCUGGAGGAAGCUUUCCUUCAGACACUGGCCAUCCCUCUUCAGCUACUACAAUAUCACUCUGGCCAAAAGAUACAUCAGCAUCCUUCCAGCAAUCCCCGUCACGCUGUACCUGAACCCACAAGAGGCCUUAGAAGUGCGGCAUCCCCAGGAGGCUAACCGCUACCACCCCUUCUUAUCUUCAAGCGGUGGGAAGCUGGAUGCUGAAGCUCGGCCUGACCAAGCCUCAUCCAAGCUGCAAGGGCACCAGGAUGUCACUCUUUACAAGGUGGCUGCUCUGGGUCUGGCCUCGGGCAUUAUCCUGGUCCUCCUGCUCUUCUGCCUGUAUCGGGUGUUCUGCCCCAAGAACUACGGGCAGAACGGGCUCUCACACAGCAGGAGGAAGAGGGGGGACCUGCCCUGUGACGAUUACGGCUACUCCCCACCCGAGACUGAGAUCGUCCCCUUGGUUCUCAGGGGUCACCUCAUGGACAUCGAAUGUCUGGCUAGCGAUGGCAUGCUGCUUGUCAGCUGCUGCCUGGUGGGCCAGAUCCGUGUGUGGGAUGCUCAGACUGGCGACUGCCUCACCGUUAUUCCCAAACCAAGGUUACGAAGAGACAGCAGUGGCAUUUUUGAUUACCAGGAAAGCUGGGAUCUCAGUCCGGAUGGCAAGAAUGGUCUGGACGACUCUUUUGAGAACAGUCACCAGCUCAAACGGAUGCUCAGCCCUCCCCAGCCGCCGCUUUUCUGUGACCAGCCAGACCUCACGUCUCUCAUUGACACGAACUUCUCUGAGCAGGUGAAGGUGGCCGAGUCAGAGACACGGCUCCGUGCUGUGGGCAGUCGCCAGAAGGAGACCGGGUACGAUUUCAGCAGCCUGGUUGGUAAAGUGUAUGAAGAGCACAGCACCUCCAACUGCAUGAACUUCACUGGCCUCUCAGCCCCGCACGGGCACGCCAGCUUCUGUGCAGGGAGCGGCAGUCCCCGCUCUUUGGGCUGCGGGACCGAGGAGGGAGGCUGCAGCAGCCGCAGAAGGAGCUUGGGGGACGAAUCUUUUACGGGAUUUGACAAAUCGUCACUGCUUCCUUCCUGGGGAGGAGACUUGGAGAGCUCUGUCUGGAGCCUGGACCUGCAAGGGAACCUGAUUGUGGCUGGCCGGAGUAACGGGAAGCUGGAGGUGUGGGAUGCCAUCGAGGGGACCCUCCGCAGCAGUAAUGAUGAAGGUCAAUCUGGCAUCACAGCGCUCGUCUUCCUGAACAACAGGAUCGUCGCUGCCCGGUUGAACGGCUCUUUAGAUUUCUUUUCACUAGAGACACACACGUCCUUGAACCACCUGCAGUUCCGAGGAGCUCCGAGCAGAAGCAGCAUCCCGUCCUCCCCCGUGUUCAGCAGCAGCGACAUCAUCAUGUGUCAGCUCACCCACACCGUGUCCUGUGCCCACCAGAAGCCGAUCACGGCGCUGAAGGCUGCGGCUGGACGGCUGGUCACUGGGAGCCAGGACCACACUCUGAGAGUGUUUCGGCUAGAAGACUCGUGCUGUUUGUUCACGCUGCAGGGUCACUCAGGAGCAAUCACAGCUGUGUACAUCGAUCAGACGAUGGUGCUAGCGAGCGGAGGCCAGGAUGGUGCCAUCUGCCUUUGGGACGUGCUGACGGGGAGCAAGGUCAGCCACAUGUACGCCCACCGAGGGGACGUCACGUCCCUCACCUGUACAACGUCCUGCGUCAUCAGCAGCGGCUUGGACGACGUGAUCAGCAUCUGGGACCGCAGCUCGGGGAUCAAGCUCUAUUCUAUCCAGCAGGAGAUGGGCUGCGGUGCCAGCCUGGGCGUGAUCUCCGACAACCUGCUGGUGACGGGAGGCCAGGGCUGCGUCUCCUUCUGGGACAUCGGCUACGGCGACCUGCUCCAGACCGUCUACCUGGGGAAGAGCAACGAAUCGCAGCCUGCCCGGCAGAUCCUCGUGCUGGAGAACGCCGCCAUCGUCUGCAACUUCGGGAGUGAGCUCAGCCUGGUCUACGUGCCCUCGGUGCUGGAGAAGUUGGACUGAGGGGGGGAGGGAGGGGGCAGGCGCUGGAGCCUGGGUGGAGUGAGGAGGUGGGACGGGGCACCCAGGCCCCUUCCGUGGUUGAGAGCAGCGUGGGCAGAGGAGGGGUGGGCUCUCAUGGCGUGCCUCUGCUGCCUUCCCGCCUCGUAAACCGGACUCUUGUCACCCAACAGUCUGCAGGGCUCAAGCCCUCCUCUUCUUCCCGGUCCCUGCAUCUUCCACGCGGUUGCUGGGGCUCCCCAGAGGCGUGAUGGUCCCACGGCUGGUGCAGGGGGACGCAGAGGCUGCAGGGACAGAGCUCCUGAAGCGCUGAGCUCUGCUCUGGCUCCCUGCUCGGGACAGGCUGGGGAUAGCGUGCGGUGGUGGUGGCUGCCCAGAGCUGACCGGCUGUCUGGGGGAGUCCGAGCGAUGGCAGCGGGCGCUGGAGCACGGUGCAGAGCUGGGGGCAGCGUUGGUGCCCGUUGCCUUGCGGAGGCUGAGCUAAGCUGGCUCCGGCUCUGUCUCAGCAGGUUCCAGCUUGUUCACAGCCCUCGACGCAGCAGGGCGGGAGCGGGGCCAUCGUGGGCAGCGCUGCCCAGCCCGCUCCCGGCACACAAAGAGCAGCCCCGCACCCCGGCCCGGCAGCUGCUGGAGGGUGAGCCCCAGGCCAGGGAGCAGCAGCCGGGGGCUGCCAGCCCUGGGGGGGGCACCGAGCGCAGCGGGUCCCACCAGAGGAGGACGGGGCUGACCCCGCCUGGGCACUUGGCUUGGCCUCCACGUGCCUUAGAGCGCAGGCAGGGCCCCAACCUGCCUGGCUCCGGGCUGGCCAGGCCCCUCGCAGGCUCUGUGCUGCAGCAGUCCCUGCCCUAUUUAUUUAUAUGCUGUAUAUAUUUAUUUAUUAUGGCAGGAGAGCGUGGGAGCAGCAGUCCAGCAGCGCCCGUGCUGGCGCACCCGCCCUUGCUCCACCAAGCCGCCAUGGCAGAGCUGCCCCGGGGCUUGGCCCCACUGCCGCACGGUGCUGGCACGGAACCCGCUUCCGUGUGCAGUCGCCCUUCCCAGCUUUCUCCUUCGCCCAGUUUGCAGCAAUAGCACCUUCCUCCUUCUCCUCCUCCUUUUCCCACUGCGGGGCCAGAGGAGGCUUUUCUCAGGUUGGGAGCGGGCAAGCAGCUCUUGCCCCCCUCCUCCCUGCAAGAAAAGGGGAGAAACCCUCUUGGGGCUGGGGGGGAGGCCUCAGGGCCGCAGCAGGGGAGCAGUGGGACCAAAGCACCCUGCCGUGGGCCGGCAGCACCCCCAGACAGGGGCCUUCUCCCCCAGAACUACUCCACAGCGUGCUGGGGAGCUCAGCUCCCCCCCCGUCACACUACAGCCCUGCUCCAGCCCCAGGCAGCGAGGGGCAGGGGCCGAGAGCUGCCCCACGCCCUGGCGGGGGGCACCGAGUCACCAGGUCCCGGUGAGGCUGAGCUGGGACCGAACCCUCGCACUAACGCUCUUCUUCACUCAAGUAAAUGCCGAUGACGUCUGUUAAUUGAAUCCUGGCGAUUGUAGAGGCAGCGCCGUGCCAGCCCCGGGGCAGGCAGGGGGUACCGAAGGCCGGGGUGCUCCUGGGGCAGCCCUGGCCCCUGCCCAGCUCCUCCUCCUCCUCCUCCUCCUCCGCACGGCGCCUCGGGUGGCCUUAGCCCAGCUGUACGCUUUGUACUGUACAGGGGACGCUUUUUGUACCAGACUGUGUUUUAUAACGUGUACGAGGACACCUCUAUUAAACGGAACUAAUGUG